CCAAGUUCUGUGGUUUCUGCGGCUGCCGAAGAAGUGGUGGGGGAAGAGGUGGUAGGUACCUACUGCUGGGCUGGCGGUGCUGCUUCUGUCUGCGCCGCGGCGGGAAGCGCCUUCCCCACAGGACAUCAAUGCAAGACUGAAUAAGAAAAACAAUUGCUUCCUCCUAAGCCAUGGCAUAUCAGUUAUAUAGAAAUACCACUUUGGGAAACAGUCUUCAGGAAAGCCUCGAUGAGCUCAUACAGUCUCAGCAGAUCACUCCCCAACUUGCCCUUCAAGUUCUACUUCAAUUUGAUAAGGCUAUAAAUGCAGCACUGGCUCAGAGGGUCAGGAACAGAGUCAAUUUCAGGGGCUCUCUAAAUACGUACAGAUUCUGCGAUAAUGUGUGGACUUUUGUAUUGAAUGAUGUUGAAUUCAGAGAGGUGACAGAACUUAUUAAAGUGGAUAAAGUGAAAAUUGUAGCCUGUGAUGGUAAAAAUACUGGCUCCAAUACUACAGAAUGAAUAGAAAAAUGGCUUUUUUAUGCCAUCCUCUGUUGUUAUUCAUCACUUUUUAAAGAGAAGCAUAGAAGAGACUUUAUUUAUUCUAGCAUUGCAGAAACGGCCACACUGUGCUAUACUAUCAGAGAAUCCAGUAGAAAGAAGCUUGUAACUACAUUACCUUUAUUCUGCAGCAUGAAGAAACAGAACUUUUUUUUAAAGACAAAUCAAAUGUUGCCUUCCUAUUAACAUUCUUUAAUAAACUCAUUUUAAAACUCAAUGCGGGUAGUAACUGGUAAAGCUAUUAAGCUAGCAAUAUGAGGAUAUUAGAUAAGCAUUUUGAAAGAGCACCAUGUUCCUUGUAAAGGAAAUUAGAAAAUGCAUUCAUUUCAAUAAAGUCAGUUUGUAUAUUAAUUAUAACAGCUGAUAGAAACAUCAGCAGAAGCAAAAUCAAAUUCUGGAGUGGAAUUUUACUUAGAAAAUCCUUUUUUUAAACUUACAAAAUCAAGUGUAACCAUCACUGUAAAAAAAAUACUAGGUACAACUGAAUUAGGAGAAGUUAGACAUUCUUUAGAUAGCUUCCAUAGCCAAAACAAAACCGAAAACCUAUUCCCGAGCACAAAAUAGUCUCCACAUGACGUCAGUUAUUUCUUCAACUCGCCAUAUUGGUCAAGUUGUACACUUUUUUAAAUUAUCUGCAUUCUGCCAGUUACGGACUUUUACUAAAAAGUCCUACUAAAUGUAUGUCAUAUCUUUGUGUACCUGAAGGGGAAAAGUUUCCCUUAUUUGUCAAUCUAGAAACAUAUAAUGAAGAAUGUGGCAUUUCUGAAAUAUCAGGGAAGGAGAAUGUCAGGCACACGGUAGCUGAGGAACGGGUUGAGCAGCUGCCUGCAG